GCCGUGCGAGGCAACGCCGCGGUCCUGGAUUACUGCCGCACCUCGGUGUCGGCGCUGUCGGGGGCCACGGCCGGCAUCCUCGGCCUCACCGGCCUCUACGGCUUCAUCUUCUACCUGCUCGCCUCCGUCCUGCUCUCCCUGCUGCUCAUCCUCAAGGCGGGCAGGAGGUGGAACAAAUACUUUAAGUCCCGGAGGCCCCUCUUCACGGGCGGCCUGGUCGGAGGCCUCUUCACCUACGUGCUGUUCUGGACGUUCCUCUACGGCAUGGUGCACGUCUACUGAAGCGGGGCGGGGCGCCCCGACUCUCGGAGAAAAGCAGACGGUGACAGCGUGUAGACCGACUUCGUUUUUAAGUGGCUGGAUUCACUGCUUGUUCUGUAACGUUAUAACUUAGACCGGAGGACGGAGAGCCUGUGAUAGCCUUCAGAUUAAAUUGAAGCGUGAGCCGCCUGA